UUUGGUUAACGAGCAGCUAAUCAGUCAAUUAUUAAUUGUUAAUUGUUAAUUUAUCUUCCAUUGGGAUAAUCGUUGAUCACCAGGAUAAUGAAUUUAACUAGAAAAUCGUAUUAAUUGGGAUAAACAUCACAAUUUGUGCGAAAAACAUUGAGUAACAAUCAUCUAAUCUUCCAGUUUAUUUUUUUCUCUUUCUCUUUCUCUUUCUAUUUUCUAUUUUUUUUUUCAUCUUUAACGUUUUCAGUGUUUCUAUUUAUUGCUUUUACUGGGUAAUCAACAAAUCACAGAAGAUAAUUACAAUUCAUUAGACCUGAAGAGAGAAAAUUUUUCAAUUUAUUACAAGUCUUUGUUGUCUUUAAAUUGUGAUACAAUUUCAAUAGAAUCGUUGAUUGUUGUUGCCGCUAUCGUUUGGAUCAUUAUCGUGUUGUUAUUAUUGUUGACUUGUUUUCUCCUAAAAUUUUUACCAAAACCCCUGAUAAUCAAUCAAAUACACAUGGGUGACAAUCUACCACCGAUAUCGGAUAGCCCUCGAUCUUCAAAGGGCCUUGCCUCCCGACGAAAAGGACCUUCGUUAAAAACUGGAUUCACUUCAAUAGAGCAACAAGUUGAUACACCUCGAGAAGCGAUCGCUGCUAAUACGGUAAACAAAAGUACCAAAAUCACAAUAGAUGGACAAACAAUUUCCGUCGAUCCUUCGGACAUUGAAGUUGUCCGUCAAUUAGGUAAAGGUGCCUAUGGAAUAGUUGAACAGGUUCGCCAUAAACCUUCAUCUAUAGAAAUGGCUGUCAAGAGAACUGCUGUUAGUCAAGAGCAGAAACGCUUUCUAAUGGAUAUGGAUGUUCUAGAUAAAGCUGAUGAUUGUUUGUAUAUCGUUAAAUUUUAUGGAGCACUUUUCUGGGAAGGUGACCUUUGGAUAUUCAUGGAGAUCAUGGAUUCUUCAUUAGAUAAAUUUUACCGCCAAGCAUAUGAAAAAUGUCGCAGAGAAAUUUCAACAACAACAUCAUCAUCAUCAUCACCUCUUUCUUCAUCAGCUGUAACUACAUCAACAUCAACCAAACAACCAACAAAUUCAACCUCAGAUUCAUCAUUUUUAUCAUCAUCUUCCUCUUCAUCUCCUCCUCCUCCGAUUCCUGAAAAUGUUCUGGGAAAAAUGGCUUAUUGUAUAGUAAAAGCUUUACACCAUCUUCAUGGUAUACAAAUAAUUCAUCGAGAUGUUAAACCCUCAAAUGUACUAAUCAAUCGUCUCGGUCAAGUUAAACUGUGUGACUUUGGUAUUUCCGGUCCACUCGUAAAUUCAGUUGCCAAAACCAUGGAAGUGGGUUGUAAACCCUACAUGGCACCCGAACGGAUUAAUCCUCCAUCGAACACCUCAGGAUAUGAUAUCCGAUCUGAUGUUUGGAGUUUGGGAAUGUCAAUGUUGGAAUUGGCAAUCGGUCAAUUUCCUUAUCAUUUCGAUAGGAACAAUUUCUUCAACCUUCUUAAAAAAAUAUGCACCGAAGAACCGCCGAAACUACCACCCAAUCGUUAUUCAUUAGAUUGUGAAGAUUUCAUUCAUAAAUGUUUGCAAAAAAACUACAAGGAAAGACCUUCGUAUGCAAUGUUAUUGGAACACCGAUUUUUAAUCAAACAUAUGAAUGAAGAUAUUUCCGAUUAUGUUUCAUCGGUAAUCGAUUAGUUUCUUUGCCUUUUAAUUAUCAUGUUGUGCCUCUCCCCCCUGUUAAUCACAAUUGCGAUUACAAUCAAUCACCAGUUGCCAAGUUGUCAUCUCUAUCUCUCUAUGGCUUUUAAUCUGAUACAAAAUUACAUCUAAACUACUAUACUAAUUCAAUUUGCUUGCUAUCAACAAAUCAACAUGAAAAUCAACAGUAAAGGAAAAAAAUUGAACAACGUUUACAAUUAUAAUCACAUCAUUGUAACAAUUUGAUUGACAAUUAAUGUUGAAAACAAAGUUAUAAUCAAAAAAGUCACUUGAAAACUUUUAUCUCAAUGUUUUUCAUUAAAUCAACACAAUGACAAUUACUAA